AUGGUUCAAGACGAAAAUAAACGUCAAGUGCCUUCUGAAUUUAAAAGAGACAUAUCCAUUUUAACUAUAGUAGAAGUAGAAGAAUGUAGAAAUUCGAUAUCAGAAAAAACCUUUACAGAGGCGAUAUCUACGGAUGAUGUUAAAAAUAACAUCCCGAAUUAUAAAAUGAGUAAAACUAAAGUUUUACUAGUCUUUAUUAGUCUUUCAUUUUCUAUAUUUUUAGUAUUUUUAGAUCAAACUAUAGUUACCACAACUUUACCAGCCAUAGCGAUAGAAUUUGAAUCUCUUGAUGAAGUCUCAUGGAUUGGAACUGCCUAUUUACUUACUACGGCCGCUUUUCAGCCAGUAUAUGGCAAGCUUUCAGAUAUAUUUGGUCGAAAACCUAUAUUUCUUAUGGCAAUAUUUUUAUUAGAACUUGGUACUCUUUUAUGCGGCCUAUCCACUAAUAUGUGCAUGCUAAUAAUAUCGCGUGCUGUUGCAGGUCUAGGGCUUGUAAUGAUUAUUAUUACGGAAAUAGUUCCAAUGCAGGAAUGUGGAAAAUAUCAAGGAAUGAUUGGUAGCAUUUUUGGUAUAGCGUCUGUUGUAGGUCCAUUAUUAGGUGGUGCUUUUACAGAUAAAGUCUCCUGGAGAUGGGCAUUCCUUAUAAAUCUUCCUUUAGGUGUUAUUACUUUUAUCUCUAUUGUCUUUCUAUUACACCUUCCAAAAUCUUCCAACUCUUUUUGGGAAAAACUUAUGCUCAUUGAUUGGUGGGGCACUUUCACUUUAGUUGUUUCAACUAUUCUUUUAUUACUAUCACUUAAUUGGGCUGGUUCAAAAUAUCAAUGGAACAGUCCUAUUAUUAUAGUUUUAUUGUGUUUUGGUUGCAUUGGAUAUGUCUUAUUCGUUUUUAUUGAAGGAAAGAUUGCUAAAGAUCCUAUUGCACCUGGUCGUUUGUUCAAAAAUCUUAAAAUAGUUGCCUGCUUCAGCAUAAAUCUCUUUCAUGGAAUGGCAUUUAUUGCUUUAUUGUAUUUUGUACCAUUUUAUUUUCAAGUUGUAAAAUCUGAAUCAGCGACGACUUCAGGUUUAGAACUUCUUCCUUAUGUAUUAGGUUUAGUCUUUGCUCCUAUGUUUGUUGGCCAACUAGUUUCAAGAACUACUUAUUUUUCUUAUGGUUUUAUUUGUGCCUUUGGAAGCAUUUUAAUGGCCAUAGGGACUGGAUUAAUUAGCACGUUUUCUGAAUAUACUAAUAAAAGUCUAAUAAUUUGUUACUUAUUCAUUGCUGGUAUUGGUGCUGGCUUAAUCACCGAAACUACAGUAUUCGCUGGACAAGAAAUAGUGGAACAUAAAGACGUUGCUAGCGUUAUUUCAUUAUUAGCAUUUUUCAGAACAAUCGGUGCAGUGUUUGGUGUAGCUAUCUUAGGAACUGUCUUUAACAAUGUAUUCUAUUCAAAUUUACCAUCUCAAUUUCAAGCUUUGGAUACUGCAAUUAAAUUUAUAGUUGGCAUGUCUAUAUUGAGUUUUAUCUUUUCUUUACCUAUCGGAAAUGUUAAACCACACAGAGAUGAUCAUGUAAAAAUUAUAAAUUCAUCAUCUCUGGAAUAG